AGUAAAAAUGUAUCUGUCGCAUGGCUGGAGGAGAUGACUAGAAGCUUUAUAGCUCAAUGCCAAGAUUUCUAAGCCAGUAAAUGGCCGUCGAGAGAGCAUUCUGGACUUCAGCUAUGCUGCCGUCGAACUUUCGCAGAAGGCAUUCGGAAAUAACGUGGUGCAUGCCCUGAUAUUCAUGACCGCACGCCUGCAGGACAUCAUCUUCCAGCGAUGGAGAGUCGUGCUGAUGGCUCCUGGAUUACACGAUGGAUGGGUAACUGGACGAUUAUUAUCAAUGUCCUGGAAAAUGCGAUACGCCUGCUCGCCCCUCCGUAGCAGCAGUCUUCCCGCGAUGCCAUCGAUGACCAUGCAUCCGACGGCAAAAUCUGAAUGCAGCAUCGCUAAGGAAACUACCGACAACCGUCGGAGUGGCGUUCACAAGGCAGAAACGUUUCGUCACCCAUUUUUGAGGAAGUACGUCGAACAAGAUGUGUUGAACAUUUUCCUGCAAUAUGUGUCCUUCGCCACUGUUGCUCCCGGAAAAUGA